GACGUGGUUGCAGGGCAAAGCUGCCAUGCGUCCCGGGAGCCGCGGGAAACCCCGGCUACGGCUCGGAGAGCGCGGCUUCUUGGAACCCCGCUCACAGCUUAAGCAUCGCCUGCUACCGCGGCCUCGGUUGUUGCCUCUGCUGCUGGCGCUGGCUGUGGGCUCGGCGUUCUACACCAUCUGGAGUGGCUGGCAUCGCAGUACCGAGGACCUGGGACGGGAACUGCGGGUCCCAGUGGUCGGAAGUCUUUCUGAAUCUCGGCUGCGGAGGGUGGUGGGCCAACUAGACCCGCAGCGUCUCUGGAACACUUACCUACGCCCCCUGCUGGUCGUGCGGAAUCCGGGCAGUCCUGGCAAUCUCCAAGUCCGAAAGUUCCUGGAGGCCACACUUCGGACCCUGACAGCUGGCUGGCACGUGGAACUAGACCCCUUCACAGCCUUGACCCCCCUGGGGCCGCUGGACUUUGGUAAUGUGGUGGCCACGCUGGACCCAGGGGCUGCCCACCACCUGACCCUCGCCUGCCAUUAUGACUCGAAGCUCUUCCCACCUGGGUCAGCUCCCUUUGUGGGAGCCACGGAUUCGGCCGUGCCCUGCGCUCUGCUGCUGGAACUGGCCCAAGCCCUCGACCUGGAGCUGAGCAGGGCCAAGGAGCAGGCUGCCCCAGUGACCCUGCAGCUCCUCUUCUUGGAUGGCGAAGAGGCGUUGAAGGUGUGGGGACCCAAGGACUCCCUUUAUGGCUCCCGGCACCUGGCCCAGCUCAUGGAAUCUACUCCUCACAGCCCCGGCCCCACCAGGAUCCAGGCUAUUGAGCUCUUUGUGCUUCUCGAUCUCCUGGGAGCCGCACAUCCGACCUUCUAUAGUCACUUCCCCCGCACGGCCCGCUGGUUCCAGCGGCUACGCAGCAUCGAGAAGCGUCUGCAUCGUCUGAACCUGCUGCAGUCUCAUCCUCGAGAGGUGAUGUACUUCCAGCCCGGGGAGCCCCCAGGCUCUGUGGAAGAUGACCAUGUCCCCUUCCUCCGCCGAGGGGUCCCUGUGCUUCACCUCAUCUCCACACCCUUCCCCUCUGUCUGGCACACACCUGCCGACUCCGAGGCCAACCUCCACCCACCCACGGUACACAACCUGAGCCGCAUCCUCGCUGUCUUCCUGGCUGAAUACCUGGGGCUCUAG